CCAGAUUGAUAUACAUACGGGUUCAAUCAAAUAUGGCCGCGCAAAGAAUUGGACAUUACAUACUUGGAAAAACUCUGGGAGUUGGCACAUUUGGAAAAGUUAAAAUUGCUGAACAUCGUCUCACACGACAUAAAGUAGCAGUAAAGAUUCUCAACAAACAGAAGAUACGAGCGCUUGAUGUUGUAGGAAAGAUAAGGAGAGAAAUUCAGAACAUGAAAUUGUUUCGUCAUCCUCACAUCAUCAAACUGUAUCAAGUUAUUAGCACUCCUACAGAUAUUUUCAUGGUAAUGGAAUAUGUUUCUGGUGGAGAAUUGUUUGAGUACAUUAUCAAACAUGGCAAGCUCAGUGAAGAAAAAGCAAGGCGUUUCUUUCAGCAGAUUAUAUCUGGUGUGAGUUACUGUCAUAGACAUAUGGUUGUUCACAGAGACUUAAAACCCGAGAACUUACUGCUGGAUGCUGAAGCCAAUGUCAAGAUUGCUGACUUUGGUUUAUCUAACAUGAUGACUGAUGGAGAGUUUUUGAGAACAAGCUGUGGGUCUCCGAACUAUGCUGCUCCUGAAGUUAUUUCUGGAAAACUGUAUGCUGGCCCUGAAGUAGAUGUGUGGAGCUGUGGAGUUAUUCUUUACGCUCUUGUUUGUGGAUCGUUACCUUUUGAUGAUGAGAAUGUACAAAUGCUCUUUCGUAAAAUCAAAGGAGGCAUUUUCAGCUUACCAAUUCAUUUGUCACUUGAGUUGUCGGAUCUGCUGAAUAGGAUGUUGCAAGUUGAUCCAGUGAAGCGCAUUACCAUUGCUCAAAUAAGGGAUCAUUCAUGGUUUACUUUUGACUUGCCAGACUACCUCUUUCCACCUCCAGGCAUUGUUGAUGUAAAUGCUAUUGAUGACAAUGUAGUUGGAGAAAUUUGCACUAUGUUUCAGGUGACAGAGAGUGAUGUGAAAACAGCGUUGAAGACUGAUGAUGCUCAUGACCAGCUGAGAAUUGCUUAUCAUCUUAUCAUGGAUAACAGAAGAAUGAUUUCUCUUGAGCAUCGGAUGUCAUUAAGACGAGAUAUGAUUAUGCCUUCAUCUCCUAUGGUCUGUGCCAGUUCACCUUUGCCAUUUUCAGCUGAGUCAUCAUCUAUGCUAAGCACUUCUCCAACCAAAGUGACUGGAACUCCAGGACGAACUCAAGUAAAACCUCUACCACCAGGAGCCAGUGGAUCUGGUCUUCCAUUAAUAGUCAAUAGAGAAAGCAAGAAGUCAAGAUGGCAUUUGGGAAUUCGAUCUCAAAGCCCACCUCAAGACAUCAUGGCUGAAAUAUUUCGUGCAAUGAAGGCUUUGGACUUUGAAUGGAAGAUAGUGUCUCCUUAUUCUGUUCGGUGUCGACAACAGAACAAAGUAACAGGGCACUAUGUAAAAAUGGCUCUUCAGUUGUACAAAUUAAGUGCACACAGUUACUUGCUGGACUUCAAGAACUUGGUGCCAAACUCACAGUCAGCUUUAGAGGCAGUCUCUUCUAAUCCUGAUCCAGUGCCAGAUAGUGACCCAAUAAUGCCUGAUCCAAGCCCUGCAACAAGUCAUGGGUCAUCCUCUAGUGACUUGGCAGCCCAACAGCAGGAUGUUGAAGACAAAGAAAGUGAAAUGGAGACAACACCCUUGCUUGACCAAGGAGACAUGCCGACUUUUAUAAGAAAGCAGUCUAAAGAAGUAAAGUAUCAUCGAGAUCGACACUAUAACAUGGAAUUCUUUGAAAUGUGUUCAGCUCUCAUUAUAAUAUUGGCUCAGUGACUAGAUGUGUGCAAGAACACGUGGUAUUAAUUGUCAUCAUGGGGGGAUUCAGUUAUUACAGCACUUGUACUGUAUCACUCCUAAAGUCAAUUAAUAUUUAUUGCUGGUUCUGAAACAGUUUUUAUGAUGGUUGGAGCAAGUUGUUAGUUCAGUUUGCUAUUGUGUGUGGAUUCUUUGAAUAAAUUACAAAACUAGGGAACAGUAGGAUUUUAUUUUUGGUAGCUGGUUAUCAACAUGGGGUAGUCAUGCUUAUUUAUUUUGUGCACAUGAGCGUGAGAUGUUUGUUAAAUGACAAUAAAACCGUGCAAUUCCUGUAUAAUUUUAUGAGAGCUGUAAUUGCAAUUUAUCUUUCUUCCGUCUCUUUUAUGUGACU